CGGCGGGGUCGCGCGUGCGCAGCGGUGCGGCUGCGGCGGCGAUGGAGGCGCUGUGGGCCGCGCUGGACGAGGUGGCGCUGGAGGGGCUGGAGGGGGUGACGCUGACCGGGCUGUGGGAGCGGCUGGCCGGCCGCGUCCCGCCCUUCCCGCUGGCCCUCGAGCCCGCCGCCCGGCAGCUCCUCUGGGCCACGCUGGCCUCCCGGCCCGAGCUCCGCUUCCACCUGCUCCCGCGUCCGCGGCCCCCGCUUCGCCUCUUCGACCGGUACGAAGAAAUUGACCUUGAAACAGGCAUACUGGAGACCAAGAGAGAUCCCAUUCCUUUAGAGGACAUUUAUCCUGUGCACAUGGUUGUGGACAACUGUGAUGGCAUCCAGGGCUCAUGCCAGUAUUUUAAAGAGAGGCUGGAUAUAACUGAUCAAAUCAGGACAAAGGACAUGCAGUCCUGUUGCACUUGCACGGAGGCUUAUGACAAAUGGGGAGAGAGGUUGCUCAUUGUUGCCUCCCAGACUCUGCGGCAUCGAGCGCUGAUUGGUUGGGAAGGGGACCCAGAUUUAAAACUUCCUGACUUCUCCUACUGUAUUUUGGAGCGGCUCGGCCGUGCUCGAUGGCAAGGGGAGCUCCAGAGGGACCUCAGUGUGGCUUUCAAAGUGGAUGCCGGGAAGCUUCACUACCACCGCAGGGUGCUUGACAGGAACGGACUCAUUUCCAUGCAGUCCCAUGUGAUCCGGCUGCCCUCAGGGGCCCAGCAGCAUUCCAUUCUUCUUCUCCUGACCCGCUUCCACAUCGACAGGAGGAGCAAAUAUGAUAUCCUUAUGGAAAAGCUCUCUGGUAUGCUGAGCGGUCGGCCAGGACAAAUGGAGACCCUGGGGAACAUUCGAGAGGAGCUGGGUCUCUGUGAGAAAACAUUCAAACGUCUCUAUCAGUAUAUGCUGAACGCCGGCUUGGGCAAGAUUGUGUCCGUCCCAUUGCAGAACAUGUGCCCUGAAGGAGGUCCUUUCAAGACCAAGAGGGGGACGGACGUCAUGGUCCGCUGCCUGAAGCUCGUAAAGGAGUUUCGGAAGAAGGUGGACGACGACCACGAUGACGACGACGAAGAGGUGAUCACCAAGACGGUGCAGCCCAUUGACGUGGUGUGCGAGAAGGACAUGCUGACACAGGCAUACGAGCUGAUAGAGAGCUGGGGGACCAAAGGCAUUUCCCAAGCUGAGCUUCGAGCGGCUAUGAAUGUGGGGAAGCUGGAGGCGCGGAUGCUGUGCCGCCUCUUGGAGCGCUACAAAGUGAUCAAGGGUUUUAUGGAAGACGAAGGCAGACAGCGGACAACCAAGUACAUCACCUGCACCUUUGCGGAAGAGAGCGACCUGAGCCGGCAGUUUGAGCGCGAGAAGGCCCGGAGCGAGCAGCUGGCCAUGGCCAGCACGUCUGCUGCCCAGGAAGACUCCUUGCCGGGGGAGGAGGAGAUGCCGCCAUCUGAGCUGGUGAAUGAGGAGGAGGAGGAAGAGGAGGAUGAAGAUGGCGUGGAGCCACGGAAAGCUGGCGUGGGGUCACGGACGAGGCUCCCGUUUCAAGCAGGCCUUUGCCAGUCAACCCCAACCAAAGCCAGGAAAUUGGCAGCUCCAGCGACCCCGGACAGGACCCGUACUCCUUUGCACUCCCCGGGAUACCGAGAUGAGCUUCCUGAUCCUCUGGCAGACGAUGAUUCUGCUUCGGAUGUGCUGAAGCAAGAAACCACUCUCUCCUCAUGCGCCCAUUCGGCAGACGAAGCCGGAGACCUGGUGGUGGUAGAGGAAGUCCGGCCAGAAACCCUCAAAAAGACCUGGGAUGACAAGAGGAAGGAGAAGCGCCCACGGGUCCCGGUGGCGGAGCGCUCGCACGAGACCUAUCGCCUCCUCAAGCGGCGCAACCUCAUCAUCGAGGCCGUCCAAAACCUCCGCUUGAUCGAGAGCUUGUUUGUGCUCCAGAAGAUGGUCAUGGAUCAAGAGAAGCAGGAAGGGGUCUCGACGCGAUGCUGCAAGAAGUCCAUCGUACGCUUAGUGCAGCGGCUCUCCCAGGAAGGGCUGCUCCGCCUGUACCGCACCACCGUCAUCCAGGAUGGGAUCAGCAAAAAGGUGGAGUUUGUGGUCGACCCCUCCAUCAGCCCCAACGACCCGCUGGUGAAAAGUGCCAUUGAGCAAGUGCGGUUCCGGAUCUCCAAUUCGAGCACUGUGAGCAGGAUUAAAGUUCCUCAUGUGUCAACGUCCCAGGACUCUGAGAUGGGGACUGCCUUCAGUGAGAUGGAGGGCUGCUCCUCUCCCUCUGGAGUGGAGGGGGCCAGCAGGCUGAGCGGGGCCGGGGAGAAAAGGCACACCUCCAAGUCCAGCUACCACCCUGUGACAGUGGCAGGCCUCGGACGUUCUCUGGGCUUCCUCCCGAAAAUGCCUCGCCUUAGGACAGCCCACCUUUUCUUCUGGUACUUGGUGUACGGGCACCCAUGGAAUGCGUCGCAGAGCCAAGUGGACUGCAGCAACGAUCCUGCAAGUGGUGUGCGGGGCCUCAACUCCCCUGGCCCCAAGCCGAUUCCAGCAGCGGGUGAGGAGCCUGAUGCAGCAUCUGGGGGGAGCUGUCCUGCCCCCGCCCAGGAGGCGGAAGUGGAGCCCGGGGAGCAGACAGUGUAUGUGGACGAGGCUUCAUGGAAGCGUCAUAUCCCUCCACUCCCAGUGCACAGAGAAUUUGGCCAUGGAUGGGCUCUUGUGAGCGACAUUCUUCUCUGCUUGCCACUCUCCAUCUUUGUCCAGAUCAUCCAAGUCAGUUACAAGGUGGAUAACCUGGAGGAGUAUUUAAAUGAUCCCCUGAAGAGGCACACAUUGAUCAGAUAUCUUCCCAGAUCAAUUAGACAAAAGCUCCUUUAUAAAAGGAGAUACAUCUUCUCUAUCGUGGAGAGCCUGCAGCGGCUGUGUUACAUGGGGCUCGUGCAGUUUGGUCCCACUGAGAAGUUCCAAGAAAAAGAUCAGGUGUUCGUAUACAUGAAGAAGAAUGCAGUGAUUGUGGACACCACCAUCUGUGAACCCCACUACAACCUGGCUCAAAGCAGCCGCCCUUUUGACAGACGCUCUUACGUUCUGGACACUCUGCAGGAAGUGGAGAAUUUCUGGUUUGACCUGCAGUGCGUCUCCCUCAACACACCCCUCGGAAUUGUCCGGCAUCCCCGUGUCAAGAGGAGUGGAACUUCAGUGGACAGUGCUGAUGCGGGCACCGCUUUGGAUGAAACACUGGAACAAGAAUCGGCAGCACACAAGCACAACUUGGAGCGCAAGUGUGCUAUGCUGGAGUACACAACGGGGAGUCGAGAAAUUGUGGAUGAUGGCUCUGUUCCUGGAGACGGUCUGGGAGCAGGUGGUCUGGAUUCUAGCUUUUAUGCCCACUUGAAACGCAACUGGAUUUGGACAAGCUACAUUAUCAAGAAGACUAGGCAGGAGAACACCGCUUCUGAAAUUGGGCACACCAUCAGACUCCAGACCUUCCUGACCAGACGGCCCCUCCCGCUUGGCAGCAGAGGUGGCAACGGGACUCCUUGGGGAGAAGGGCUGCCGGGGACGGAAGCUUCUGCCCAAAGAGAAGACUUGGUGGAGAUUGAGAAAGAAGCCGCGCAGAGCAGGAGCAAGAGGGUGAGGGGAGGGAAAAGCCAGAAGCGGAGGCGGCUGAAGAAGGAGCUGGGGAGGAAGACCAAGAGGCAGAAGAGGAAGAGAGAGGGGGGCCCUGGAGAAAAGAGCAAAAAGCCUCGCUACGAUGAGGCAGAUCAGAGCGCCCUGCAGAGGAUGACCCGCCUGCGCGUCACCUGGACUGUGCCCGAGGACAGCCUACUGAUGCUGUGCCGGAUUGCGAGUAACGUGCUAAACGCCAAGGUCAAGGGGCCCUUUGUCCCGUGGCAGGUAGUCCGAGACAUCCUUCACGCCAGCUUCGAGGAAUCCUUGGAUAAGACAUCCCAUUCCGUUGGAAGGAGAGCCCGCUACAUUGUCAAGAACCCCCAAACCAACCUUAACUACAAGGUGUGUCUGGCUGAAGUCUACCAAGACAGAUCUCUGAUUGAGGAUUUCAUGAGCCGGAAGAACAACUACCAGGACCCCAAGGUGUGUGCAGAGGAAUUUAAGGAGUUUGUGGGAAGGCUGAAAGUGAAGUUCAGCUCCACGCUGGGGAAUCCCCGGCCGGCCAUUCCGGACACGCUGGAGGAACUCUUCCACAGGUUUCGAGUUCUGGCCAUCGGAGACGAAACCAGCCACAGCAAGAAGGAGGACGUGUUGAGCAGCGUGGCUGACAUCCACUUCCUGGUGCUGCAGAACCUGAUCCAGAGCACCCUGGCCCUCUCAGACAGCCAGAUGAAAUCCUGCCAGUCCUUCCAGACUUUCCGCCUGUACCAGGAGUAUCGGGAUGAUGUUCUGGUGAAAGCUUUCUUGGAUUGUCAGCGGAGAAGCCUGGUGAAUCGUCGGCGUGGCAAUCACACCCUGGGUCCCCGGAAAAGCCGUGCACUGCCUUUUGUGCCCAUGUCCUACCAGCUCUCUCAGAGCUACUACAGAGUAUUCACGUGGCGUUUUCCCAGCACACUGUGCAGCGAGGCAUACCAGUUUCUCCUAAAGCUCAAGGAAGUCGGCAAGCAGGACCAGCCAGGCCACUUUUCUUUCAAGGACCAAGACGACUCGUCUUCCUCAGAGAUGGUGACCUUCCCUCUGGAUGGGCCUGGCGGCUACUGUGCAGCUAUCCUGGCCCUUCUCUCCUUUGGCCUGGUGUCUGUGGACGUGACGAUCCCAGAGCAGAUUGUGGUCGUGGACAGCACCAUGGUGGAAAAUGAAGUCAUCAAAAGCUUGGGGAAGGAGGGCCUGGAGGACGAGGAGGAGGAGGAGGAAGAAGAGGAGGAGGAUUUGGACGAGAAUGCCACCCACAAGCCCCGGAUAGAGGUGAAGGCCCGCCAGGCCUCGCACACCAACUACCUGCUCAUGCGAGGCUAUUACUCCCCGGGCAUCAUCAGUACCCGGAACCUGAGCCCCACAGACAACAUUGUCGUCAAUUCUUGUCAAGUGAAGCUGAAGCUGAGAGAGACGGCUGCUUGGGAUGGCUUUCUGGGCCAAGAUGCACUGGACCUGGUGAGUGUGCCUGUCGGAGCCUCCUGCCUCCCCAAGUCCUUCACCCAGCUUAUCAGCAUCGAGGAAGAUGAUUCCAUCGAGCAGCUCCUGCCUCAGUCCCUGGAGCCUGGCAGUUACAGUGCCGGAGAGAUUGCUGCCCUCCUUGAGCUCUACGAGGCCAUUCAGGCCGCUUCCUCCUUUGGGGUGGACAGGCGGGACCUGGCCAGGCAGUUCCAGCACUACGAAGACUCCGGGGCUGACAUCGCUGAGCUCCUGCAGGACCUGCUUGACCUUGGGCAGGUGUUGGAAGUGGGGGGCCACACUGCCCGGCUGGUGGCAAGAAAGUAUGCCGCCCCGUGGCUCUUGCAUUCUGUGUCUCCAGAGGAGGAUGUUGGCAAGAGUCUGAAAAGCGCAAGGAUCCAGAGGGAUCCUGCAGAAGAGGGCGGGGCACUGGAGUGGCAAAGCCCCGCCUCCCCUCCGUUGGCAGAAGAAGAGCCAACAAGGAAAAGACAAAAGACGGAGCUGGAUGAGAAGCAGGAUAGGAACAAAGCCUGUCCAGGGAGCGGAGCUGACCGCCUGCCUCGAGAUGUCACCAGCUGCACCUCUGCUGUGGCAGGGCAGGACAGAGCCCCUUGGCCAGAGCCAGGCUGCACCCGAGAGUCCCAUGUGGUCGAGGAGGAAGAGGCCCAUCUCUCUGGGAGGAGAACCCACACGUUGAGCAGCCAGGAAGGACUGGACUGUGGAAAUCCUGCUGGGGACCCUCACGGGGAAGAUCUGUCACAACCAGAAGGCUCUGGAGGCUCCAGCGAGUGUUUUGCGGAGAAUGUCAUCCGGGCGAAAGAGGAACGAAACACCUACUUUGUCGGGCGGCCGUGGCGCAUUGUGGACGGCAGUCUGAAUAAGCCCGUGUGUAAAGGCAUCAUGGAAGGAGUGCUGUGCCACAUCAUGACCAAGCCCGGCAUCAUGGAAUCGGCCCUGUGCCAUCAUUACCUGGGGGUCCUGCAGCCCGUAGCACUCCGGGAGAUCCUACAGGGACUGGAAGCGCUGGGCUGCAUCAGGAAAUUUCACCUGAAGGAGCAGAAGUUGCCUUCCCUUUUCUCAGAGCCCCUCGUGGAGGAGGAAGGGGCUCUGCCCAAGCUGUGCGAGGCCCCUGUUGCCUUCUACGAGCCGACCGUGGACUGCCUCCUGCAGAUGGGCCGCGUGUUCCCCUACGAAUUGAACUGGAACAAGUGGGUGUAGUGGGGGGAGGGGAGAGGAUGUGGGACUCAUUGGCCAAUAAAGUGACUUUGUAGGAA